GCCAUGCAUACCGGUCGAGUAACCGAAGAUGAAACCACCCAUGGAGACACAGAGACCGAGGAUGAACGAGCGCCAGGUGAGAUACUUGACGGGAGUGUCAUCGAUGAUGCCGUGGUCCUUCUCCGCGUAGGAGUCGGAGCGAGCAGGAGUGGAAGCCUCGGAGUGCUCAGUCGAAGGCUUGAAGCGAGACAUAAUGUUGUGGACACCCAUGUUGUCGGUGGGUUCACAGACACAAAGGUAGUUUGAAUGGAAACCCUCUUGACAGUUGUGGAUAAGUGUGAAAGGGAAGUGAGAAGCACACACAAACUGAUGGGUGAAGGGGAAGAUGUCAAGAGCAAGAAGCUGGGGGAAGUGGAGGAAUUAUAUACGGAGAGAUGGAGAAGAAGACCCGAACGGACUCGGCAAGGAUGACGGCGGCGUCAUCAACAAACGGACUGAAAAGGGCAAGGAAGGGAAAGGGAAAAGAAUUUUUGAACGCAGCACGCAGCACUCGAUCCGUCGGCAAUUCGCCUCCAUCCCAGGGAUUGGAGGAGACACCCCAUGGCCCAUUCUUGUCGGGGUAGGACCAUGGGCAUGGGCAAGGAAAAAACGGGGGCCCAGAUCUCAGCGUCUCAGUUUGGUAUUUUUUUGGGUUGUUUUUUUAUUGCCGCGUGAAUUUUGGACUCGGGAUUUACCCCGAAAACAGAGCCGGGACGAACGAGGGUGGGAGAAUUCGGAACAUUGCAAAGCUAGGGGGGAGUGGAGGGAGAGAGAUUCCGGGCUCAUCAUUGGGGCACAAUGGGUAGAGUGGAGAGUCCGGGUCUGGAGACUGGAGACUGGAGAGGGCAAAGCCGACAGAAAGCGGCACUAACCCGGAGAAACGUGCCUGACUAAAGGCUGAAGACGGCGGAGUCGAGGAGGGAGGAAUUUGGGGGGAGAAAGUGG